GCGGCAAAGCACAUGAUUUGACAGAAAUAUCUAUGGAUGAGGCUGUGCUUGAUUUUGAAAUGCCGGAUCCUCCAGAUGAGGAAAUAGAGAAAUUAUCUGAGCAGCAUAAAGUUGUUUCUGAGGACGACCUUGUUGGUAAAAAAGCCAACAUCACAUAUAAUGACAACCUCCAUGCACUGGCCAUGUACUUGAGAAUUACAACAGAAAAGUGCAACCACAGGGACAAGUUGUCUGGACCAUGCCUUGGUGCUCAGCCAUUCCGGGUGACACUGAAACCACGGGGUACCGGAGUCGUCAUGGAAUGGAUAUGCUCAUUCGGACACAUGGUGUGGCGUUGGAAUUCCCAGCCAACACUGAAAUUCGGUAUGCAGUCUGGUGAUUUCAUGUUGUCUAUGAACGUUCUCCUGUCUGGAAAUAACUACUGAAAAGUGCCAUGCUUUUUAAAUUCAUGAACAUGGGGAUGGUUGCUGAGAGCACAUUCUUCAGAAUUCAAGACUCCUACUGUAUUGAGCCAGUUCAGGAGCACUGGGAAGCAACUAGGGCUGAAGUCAUAGAUUGUCUACGUCUAAAGGACCAUGUUGUUGUCUUGGGUGAUGGCAGAAUGGACUCUCCUGGUCACUGUGCACAGUACUGUACGUAUACGACCAUUGAACAGGAUUCCAGAGACAUUGUGCACAUUGUCUCUGUUGACAAAUGUGAGACCAACCGGAAUUUUGUAAUCAUGGAGAGGGAGUGUUUUGUAAGGACUAUGGAUGCACUGCUUGCAGAAAUAAAAAUAAAAGAAGUGGUCACUGAUGCCCACUCACAGAUCACUGCCUUGCUGAAUCCAGAGCGUGGGAAAUACAGGGCUUGGGGUAUCCACCAUUCCCUGGAUAUUUGGCAUGCUGCUAAAAGUUUAAGCAAGAAACUUCGACGGGCUGGAUCAAUAAAGAACCAAACUGGAAUUCUGGUGUGGAUAAAAGACAUUGUAAAUCACUUCUGGUAUUGCAGCAAACAAGCCGCAAACGAAGAGCAUUUCAAGAUGAUGUGGGUUGGUGUGCUACACCAUGUAAGCAACGAGCAUUCGUGGGCAAGUGGCUUUUGUGAGCAUGAACCUCUUGAAGAGGGCAGUGAGAAUAAGCCCUGGAUCAUUUCAGGUUCUGCGGCUCACAAGGCACUAACCGCCAUCGUGCUGGAGAAAAGGUGGUUGACACAGGUGAAGAAGUUUAUAAACUUCAGGACCACAUCAGACCUGGAAAGCUUCCAAAACCACAUUUUAAUGUAUGCCGCAAAGUGCAUGUCAUACACGCCUUUUAUUUACAAGACCCGGACUUUGCUUGCAGCUAUCGACUACAACAAGCAUAACCGACGGCUGCCAGCACGCAAUCAGGAGGGACACAAGAUGUAA